UGGGAGGCUUUUUUUCUCCAUGGGCAAGCAAUCUCGUCCCUAAACUUGUGUUUUUGUCUCUAAGAGGAAGCAAUUUUCAUUACCACUAAUUACCACCGUCCACCUACAAGGUGGUAUUGGAUGGGAAUGAAAAUUCAAGAAGGAAAGUGGACACUUUAGGAUAAAUUAGCAUUAUCACGGGAAUAGAUAAUGAUAUUCUUCACAAAUUUACACACACAUUCAUUCAUAUUACCACCAUUUAUAACCAACUACCAAAUAGGUCGCUAAUGCAUUUUGUUUAACUAUAAUACUUUUGGCGAUAAAAACAGUAAUAGAUAUACCAUAUGAAGGUCCAAAUUAUAAAUUAAAAAAAAAAAAAAUCAGUAAAGUCCAAAGUGUUUGGUAAGAGUGAGGAAUCUUACUACUACGUUAGCGUAAGCAAAUGCAUGAAUCAUCUUCUUUUCACUUCUCCUCCCUAUAAAUACUUAAAAAUCACAUACAACUUCCUAACUUGCCUACUUUUACACUCAAUAACAUACUUCAUAUCUCUUCACUUCCUACUCUAUCCAUAACAAUAUAAUUAAAAAAACAUACACAUAAUUUUUGUAAUUAUCCAUUUUUAGGUUUUAAUUAAGGUGUCAUUAAGACAUUAUUUAACAAUUAAUGGGUAAAGGAAGAAGGCCAUGCUGUGACAAAGCAGGUGUAAAAAAGGGUCCAUGGUCUCAAGCUGAAGAUUAUAAGCUAAUCUCCUUCAUUAGAAAACAUGGUCACAAUAAUUGGCGUGCUCUUCCUAAACUUGCAGGAUUGGCACGGUGUGGAAAAAGUUGUCGCUUAAGAUGGGUUAAUUAUCUACGACCUGAUCUCAAACGUGGCAAUUUCACUCUCCAAGAAGAGGAAUCCAUAAUCAAACUGCAUGAAAUGCUAGGAAACAAAUGGUCUAAGAUAGCAUCUCAAUUCCCUGGAAGAACAGACAACGAGAUCAAGAAUGUAUGGAACACUCACUUGAAGAAACGCCUCAAAGAAAGAGGAAUAACAUCUAAUGAAAAUCCUACAUUGUCGUCAUCAUCAUCAUCAUGUAACACAUCAUCAAUAGAUACAACAAGUCCUAAUAAAAUUCUUGACGAAAGGAACAAAUUAGAUUGCACUGAACAAGUCCUCAUGCACCAAACAACCAACAACAGCGACACAAUCGAGUAUUCAAGCUCUUCAAGUACCUCGUAUAAUUCACAAUCUUCAAUUUCGGAUAAUCAAAUAACAGAUGAUCUCAAUCCGAAUACAAUCGAAAACGCUGGUGAGCAUAGGGAUGAAACAAGCAUGUGUAAAGACAACAAAAAUGAAAAUAGCCUAGAUGAGCUACUUGAAAUCCCUUUUGAGCCUAACUUGGACUUAUGGGACUUGUUACAUGGUGAUAGUGAAGUCCAAUUCGUUGACACCCCAAUUAUCUCUGAUAAUGACAUGAAGAUUGAAAAUACUAAAGAAAGUGGUAAAAGCUGGUGGUGGUUAGUAUACUUGGAAAAUGAACUUGGACUUGACCAUCAAAAUGAAUUUACGCCACUACAAUCUACCAAUGGUACUUCAAGUCAUAACUUAUUUUCUGAUAUUUCCAUCUAAAAUGUACCUAAUUAGUUCAGAAUUAUGUUUUAGUUGACAUCUAAAGUACAGUCAAUUAUAGAUGCCAAAGUUUAGUUUGUCACAUUGUAUGUUAGAGGUUGGAUCAAAACUGUUCAACUCCUCAUUAUUACCAACCCCUCAAUUAAACAAAACGUUAUCUAUUGGAGAGGGACAUAUGCUAAAUAAUUAUGCAUAUUGUAAUUAGUCAAAUGAGAUUUUUCCUUUUCCUAAUUGUAAUUAAUAUCUGUUUCGUUUUAAAUGUAACAAAUGAGUAUUAUUUGUGAGAUAUAAAAUAUUCAUUUAUUGCAUUCAAAACGAAACGGAGGAAAUAUAUAAGUUGAUGUACCCUCUUGUUAUCGAGCUCUAAUGUAAAUAAUU